AUGGCGGGCUGCGGGGGGCCCGGCUGGGCGGACGGGGAGGUCCGCACGGGGACGACCAUCAUGGCGGUGGAGUUUGACGGCGGGGUCGUGGUGGGCUCCGACUCCCGGGUGUCUGCGGGGGAGGCCGUGGUGAACCGGGUCUUCGAUAAGCUGGCCCCGCUGCACGAGCGGAUUUACUGCGCUCUCUCCGGCUCCGCCGCCGACGCCCAGGCCAUCGCGGACAUGGUGCAUUACCAGCUGGAGCUGCACAGCCUGGACAUGGACGAGGCCCCGCUGGUCCUGGCGGCCGCCAGCCUGGUGAAAGGCGUCAGCUACAAGUACAAG